AUGUCACACGCUGUCGGGAGCUUGUCCCGCGUCAUCGGGAUCUUCGCGUGCGGCCCGCGGAAGAGGCUCACCUUAUAUGUAGUGCUGAUGGGGUUUGCACUCUUCUCUCUUUUCGUCUUCAGUGUCACUCACUUCCAACUGCCGCGUGAGAAUGAAAUGGAACAGCACAUAACGGAAAUGCAGGCGAGUCUAGACUUCCUGGAGUCACAGUAUCGCUCGCGGCAGGAAGACGUCAUUGCGUUGCAGGGCAAGUUAGUGGUCCGGGAGGAUUUCCGAGGGAUUACGUCUGCAGAUGGUGCCCACAUGUCCGCACUGUCGCCUGAAGUGGUGGCGCUGCUGAAAAACAUGACAGGGUCACGGGCUGCUGCAGGUGUUUUACCAAAGAACCUUCAACCACUACGGGUCCCGUUCGUGUACCAACUUCUUCCUCAUCUCAUGAACGAUCCAUUCAGUUUGAGGCCAGCCUACCAUAUGCGAGUUGGCAAUUUGUUCGCAGACAUAGUGCUGGGUAUACCCACUGUAAAGAGGGAUAAGGAAAGCUACCUCUUAGCAACACUCACACAUUUAGUGGAGGGCCUCACUGAUAAUUACAAAAAUUCGACUUUAAUCGUUGUUAUGAUUGGUGAAACAAAUUUGGAGUAUGUCAUCAAUACAGCAAGGCAAAUUGAAUCUAUGUUUCCAAAACAAGUGGAAGGUGGUUUAAUAGAAGUCAUUUCACCAACGGCAACGUACUACCCUGAUUUAGAUACUUUGCCUAAUACCCUCGGAGACUCGCCCAAGAGAGUCAGAUGGCGAACAAAACAGAACCUUGACACUAUAUACUUAAUGGCAUACGCACAAAGCAAGGGAACCUACUAUAUGAUGCUUGAAGACGAUGUUGUCGCGAAGAAAAAUUACAUGCAGGAUAUCAAGGAAUUCACGGCCGCUACAACCGUGAAAAUUCCAGACUGGUUCUUCAUUGAGUACUGUCACGUGGGUGGUAUUGGGAAACUGUUCAGGUCGUCGGACUUGGCUCACUUCAUUAUAUACGUACAACUGUUUUACAACAACAUGCCGAUUGACUGGCUCCUGGAGAGUUACCUGGCCGACCGCGUGUGUACCAUCGACAAGACAUCGAAAGCAUGUAGCCAAAAUAAGUUACAAAUUCGACCAAAGUAUAAAACAUCCUUGUUCCAACACAUUGGACUGUAUUCUUCCCUCAAAGGCAAGAUACAAAAGAUUAAGGAUUCUCAGUUCGGUGCAGUGCCAACUUUUUACCCUCACACUAACCCCCCACUUGAUAGUAUCCGUACAUCUAUAGAGGAGCACUCUGAUCACACCUUGAAGAGAGCUUAUGAAGGUCAGACCUAUUUUUGGGGAGUGAAGCCUAAAAAAGGAGACAUUAUGGAGUUUUGGUUCGAAAAACCUAUAAUUCUUGAAAGCUAUACAUUCCGAAGUGGCAACGUUGAACAUAUAUCCGAUAAAAUAUACGAUUGUUCAGUAGAAGUGUUGCCAGUUGCUGGAAAUUUUACUCAAGUGGGGGAGUUUGAUGAAUUUGGCCUCUGUGACGGGGAAAUAAAAAAGGAUAUAGGUUAUAUAACCGCUUUACGGCUACGGAUGACCAAAGAUUCACUCUACUGGGUUAUCCUGAGCGAGAUUGAGCUCAAGCCGCAAACGGGUGAGUCCAGGUGACGUUUCCCAAAAAGUCAUUGGGAUAAGUUCAUCAGGCGACUUAUGAAACGAACAUAGACUCCCGACUGGAUGUCGUCAAAUUGUUAGUACGUAAAUGUGUAUUUAGAUGGUAGUUUUAAUCAUUUAUAACUUAGUUAUAGAAUGUUAGAUUUAAGAGGCUCUUAUCCGUUAAAUUUUUAUUUGAAAUAAUCAUAAUACUAGAAUGUUCCUAUCUACAGGUUGUCCAUUUU